AUGAAAUUAGGGACUUGUACAGAGUGGUUGUUCUUUCAUAUAUGGAAAAAAAACCCUAAAACUGGGCAUAGCUGUGAUGGAAUAUUUGUAGCAGAUUCAGUAAUUUAUAGAUGGGCCCAACCAUACUUUCGUAACUACUAUUUAAAAUUUUAAGGAUAUUUCACUGUCUAGGAUGGUUAAGUAAUAAGGAAGACUAAAGAGAGAGUAUUCAUAGAUCAAGUUGAAAGUUCAUUUAAAUAAGAUAAUACAGCAGCCUAAUUAAUAACUAGUCAGGUAUAAUAAUAAUAUUCUAUGCAACAGAUGCAAAACAAAUAAUAAGAGAUAAUUACAUUUGAGUAUUUAGAUUAUGAGAGUUUUAAAAUAUUUCUUCAUUAGAGAGAAAAGGACUUAAAUUUAGUACUAUAAAAGUUUAUUUAUCCAAAAAAUGAUUAAAACUCUAUGAUUAGGGUAACAUGGUCUCCUUAAUUUUGCUUAGUCAUGAGGAAAACAAAUAUCAAUAAAAUGAAUGACAUGAAGAAGACUUAAGUUGAAAGAGUUGCUACGUUUGAUGGACCAGAAUAUUUGAUAUAAGCAGAUUCAAUCAAUUCUCCUUUAUUAAGUGCAGAUUUAGAGUAGUUAUGUGUGAAUAUUGUGAAACACAUUUUAGAAGUAUCAGGAGGGAACAUUUAAAUAAUAAGAAUGGUCUUAUAUUUUAAAGUUGAUUAUGAAAAUAGAAUAUGGUUGCUUUUUUGUACUAAUAUUAAAGUGAAGGAUAAGUUCAAUGAUAUUGUGCAACAACCAAGAGUGCUUUCUCCUAUUUUUAGGGUUUUAAGGAAAGACUAAGAGCCAGUUUCCUUUGCAAAAGAUUAGGCUUAGACUGUUAUCAAAAUAAAUAAUCAAGGGGAAAUGCAAUCUCUUCUUUAUCAAUUUAAAAAUAUCUGUAGUAAUUGCGAUAGAUUUUCUCAUUAACUAUAUUAAUUGAAAUUGCAGUUUAUCAUUGAAAGUUUUAAAUAAAAUUUAGUAAAGAAAGACUUUACUAGAUUACCAGAAGAAUUAGAAAAGAUUAAAUAGAAAUAAGAUUUAUAGAUUCCUAAAGUGACUUAUAAUAGAAACAUUAAAAUGAGACAAAAAUAAAAUCUUAAUGAGGAAUUUGAAAUUUAAAAUGAAUAUUAAAAUAAUAAUUAACCGGCUGAUAUUUUAAUAGAGAAAAAGAAAAUCUGCCAAAAUAAAUUAACAGAAGAUGAAUUGUAUACAUAAAUUAAAGAACUCGUCUAAUUAUUAAAUGAUGAAUAAGAAGAUUAAAAAUUCAAUUUUAAUCAUAUUCCUCCAUUAAUUCUCAAAGUUUGGGGUAAAAUUAAUGAAGAAAAAUAUUAAUAAUUACAACACAAUUAAAGUUGGAAAGAUUUAACAACCUAAGUUUGCCUGGAUUGUUUUUUACAAUAUACCUAAUGUUGUGAAUAAACCUUGUUUGAAAGAAAAGCAGAGAUCAUGUCUUAAAAAUUAAGAAAGAUAGUCAAUGCAAAAGAAGAGAAUGAAAAAGAAAAACUACUUUUAUCUACUAAAAAUUUGAACGUCAAUAGAACAACCUUUAAUCAACUACCUAAUCUACCAUCCAUCUCGGAAUUACCAUUGGAAAAAUAAAAAAGGUUGUCUAGAAAAUCUUAAAAUAUAACAAAUUAAGAAAUUGGGACCAAAUAAUUCGAACAAACUCCUCAAAAGCUUUCAUAACCAUCUGAUUCAACAACAAAAAAAUUACAAUAAACUCAUCAAUCCAAAUAAUCUGAUUAAUCUAAUUAAUAACUUCCAUAAAAUGUGAUUCCUAGUACAACUUUAUCAAAUAAAUAUUUUUAAUUAUAAAGGUAAUCUUCGAGUCAGAUAAAUCAAAUGAAAAUAAAGAUUCCAAGUACUUAAAGAAUAUAUCUUAAUAAGUAAGGCUUAAAUAUGUCUACAAAUAAAUCUAUGUAAUCAAAAUCAUCAAGAUCUACUUUAGAUUAAUCAAAAGUCUCUUUUGAUUUUAUGAUAAAUACUGUGACAUAAUUAAAGCGGAAACUUGAAGAACUUGAAUAGGAUGAAAGAUAAUUAGAAUAAGAAAAACUGUGA